AUGAUGCCUGGGGAUCGCUCCCGCCCACAUGAUCCAAGAUUUGCAGCAGCACUAUCGCCAGCAACACUCAGACCUUGGGAACAUGUGCCAUUGAAGGCACAGCAGCUCACCAACCUCUACAGCAGUGAUCCGCCUUGUGGGGUUUGUGGGGCGCUGUUCCGCACCCACACUUGCCCAGUCUGGACGCAGAUAGCGAUGUUGUUGGUCAAUGGAGCCAGUCUUGAUUCAGAUGAACCAGACCUUGAGACGCGAUGCCGUUGUGACAUUUGUGGAGAAUGUUUUGAAACCCCUGCCAUUCUCACCCAGCACCUUCAACAGUUGCAUGGUCUACAUGGGAUGACAUUCAAUGCCAGCAGAGAUGCCAUUGACAACAGUGCGGCCUGCGCACAUUGCGGCCAAACCUUCACCGCAAUGAGUAGCUUGAAGACUCACAUAGUCCAGGGCAAAUGUGUGCACUUCAACCCUAUGGCUAGUGCAGAAACCAAGCCGGUGGAGGAACUCUGGCAGGCAGCGUGCCUUCGGGGGCAACUCUAUGAAGUUCUCACGCCAGCUCACAACAGACUACGCCUGACUCUUCAUUGCCAAUGCUGCCCUCGCAUUUUCAUGCGAGCCAAUGACCUAGCGCUGCACUUACAAAGUGCACACUCCAGACUUUGGAGAAGGGCGCAAAGAUUGACCUUGCUGCUUGUUGACACCUUCUACAGCCAGAAUGCAUGCUGCUGCAACCCCUCUACAGGGAUCAAACGUGGCAACCACGUCUGUCUCCCCCUGAGACAGAUUGCAAUGGCGUUUCAUCGACUUCAACAAGAACCCUUUGCACCGACCAUGAUUGGGGAACGACGACUGCAUGCCACCCUGUCAUCAAAGCUCCCAGCGGCGCAGCGCUUCCUGUUGGAGCAACUGCUCACCAAUGGCCAAUUGCAGGCCCUGUGGACUGAAGAAGGAGCCCUACAUCACAUUUGCGUGGCCAUUGCCCGGUUCUUGUCAAUCUUGCUUUGCUGUUCUCCUACCUGUUUCAUGGAGAAUGGAACGCAUGCUCCAGAAAUGCCGGCCCCGGAAGCCUCUCAGCAGAUCCUGGAUGCGUUCAGCAACCUGGCGCCCCUUUUUCGCGACAACACCCUGAUGCUGGAGCCCAACCCACGGGACACCAAGACACGUCGCAGGGACCCGCCACAAAAGCCAGACGACCAGCCCAAAAACAGAGGCACAGGGCCACGGGAGACCACGGAGCACAACAAGCUCCUCCUGGCUCUAGCCCACCUGGCCAUCAAGCAAGAUCAAGAACUCCAAAGCAUGCGCAAACAGGAUCAAUUCAUUCUUUUUUUGAGCAGCGAAGCCACCGGAGCUUUUCACCUGAUGCUCCAAGAGACAGCCAAUUGGAAGAAGCUGAUGGACAACCCCAACCCGGGGCAACAACCGCUGAGACUGCACCUGAUCCUAUGCCUUGUGAAAUCUCUUCGACAGCGGGCGGAACAGAUUGUCAACGCGCAGGACACGGAUCAGCUCUUCCAGCUGUCACUCCAGAAGGGAUUGAUCCUGCAAGAUCGCAGUUUCCCAUAUCACAGGUGGGAUCCGAACACCCAAAAGCUGAUCCUGGACAAGAAAACGCCGGUCAGUGCCAAGCUGAUGGGCCAACAAUUGGAGGAGAUAUUGGAACUGCUCCUGGAUCCACAGUUGGUGAUACGCUUCCAUGCCCUGAAGGCACCCCAGCAGAACCUGACCUCCAUCCCGUGGCGCCUGCAGUUGAAUGUCAGACACGACAGGGCCUACGAGAUCUUCCAACAUCUCUCCUUCAAUGCGGUUUGGAUGGUGGUGGGAGCCUCGAUGAAGCCACACAGCCUGGGCCAGAGCAGCCAAGCCACACAAAUCCAGAAUCUCUUGACGGGCAACCAGAAGCCGGGCAAGGGCAAAGGCAAAGAGACCUCCAUGACAGCGGCGCUCCUCGAGGCACCUUCUUGCCUUGUGCUACAAAUUGACAGGCUGUUUCGGGAUGCCACGGGCACGAUCCAGAAGAGCAUGAGCACUGUGUCCCUGGAAGCGGAAGUGCAGAUCCCAGUUUUUCAGGUGCACACUCCUCAAUUUGACCAUGUUGCAUACACACCAGUUGCAGGCAUCACCCAUUUUGGUGCUGAUUUGGCGGGCCAUUGUCAGGCCAUCCUGAAACUGCAACCAGGAACCCUGAAUGAGAUCACGCCGAUCUCGUGGCUCAUCACUGAGGAUGCACGUGCACCAGAACCCAUCUGGCGCAUCCCAGACCUUUUUGCGCAGAAUAUCACAGUGAUCUGGCUUGUACGAUCCGACAUCCUUGCCAUGCCUGUAUACCAUCCAACAGAGCCUGCGGUGACCAACGACAUGCAACCGCAUGGCAAUCUGAUGAAUCUGCUGCAAGCACAAGAAGGCAUUGACUAA